AUGCCGCCCACAAAAAACCAUUGGUACUUUGGAGCAGCUCUUGCUGUCUUGCUGCUAGCCAUAUUCGCAGGACUUCGGCUACUCCAGGCAAUACUACUGGCUCCUGUAUUUCUAUCGUCUUUCGGAUUCUUUGUCCUCGGGGGCUUGGUCUACUACGCAAUCCAAAGUGACCGGGAAUCACAACCAUCACCUGCUUCACGACAGCGCCGAGCCAUCCGGCCCUUGCGGUUCACCCAAUCAGCAGCAUGGGCGGCAACUCUAGAUGGCAACCCUACGGACUCUACGCAUCCCCCUAUCCACCCAGAUGCGUCUCCAGAGCUGAACAAUAUCUGGAACAGGUUCUUGGGCCUGAUCAUCCAGCAUUUCGUACUACCUUGGUAUGACCGGAUCUCCCCGUCGCCUGCAUUUCCCUAUGCGGUCGACGGGGUCAUCCGCGACGCUGUACAAGAGGUGAUCCGUAGAGCAGAGGUAGUGGACUGGCCGAGUGUCAUGGUGUCGAAAGUGCUACCGGUGCUCACAAACCACCUUCAACAUUACCGUUCGGUCGAGCACCACACAGCGACCUCCCCUUUACUCCCACUACCACUACCCAAUCGCCCCCACAAGGCAUUCUCCGACCCUCACCUCUCGUCUUCCGCUAUUGAAGAGCACCUUCGACAGACUUUGUCACGUAUCGUCUCUCAGGCCGUCCCCGAAAAGGACCAGACGCCCGUCUCUAUGACAAUAGUACGGGAAAUACUCUUGGGCGCUGUGGUAACUCCCAUGUUGACCAUGAUAUGUGAGGCAGACUUUUGGAAUCGACAGAUCGACGAGCAUGUGGGGAAAUAUCUCCAUGAACAACAGCAGGUCGACAAGUUUCUGUCUGCUCUUUCUAGCUUGCCCGCCUCCAAGUCGUCGACAAGUCUUGCCCCAUCGUCGACGAGAAAGAACAGAAAUCCUGCUUCGAUCAACGCCGAUUCCACCCCUAGUCAAUUCGACGUCUUUCUAAAGUCUAUAAGAAAACUCAAGUCGUUGGGUGAAGCCAGGCGGUUGAGGGCCGACGUUGAGAGGGAACUCCGGGUUGCCAAAGUAGCCUUUACCGAAGAUGCUAGGAAGGUGGCGGCUGGUUACGGACCGAAAGGAAAGGACGGCGAGAAAGAGACAAGGAGGAAUCGAAAGUACGUGGAGCGGCUUGAGAAGGCGAGAAUGGACAUAGAUACGCGGAUUGACAUGCUGUCUGGUGAUUCCAAACAACAGCACCACAGCAAAACCGUCUCCAUCGAGGACCACAGCGAUGGCAAUGUGACCCUCUACACCAUUCUUCUCGACCCGUCAUCACUGGCCUAUUGGCUAGAGCACAUGGAACGAAGACAGCGUUCUAGACUGGUCCAAUACUGGCUCACAGUGGAAGGAUUCAAGGAUCCACUCGAGGUUGCUGGCAUCGAUGGGCCGUCACCUGAUCGCUCGAGCGCAGACGAUACCGUCCACGAGGACGUGAAGUUUCUCUACUCAACGUACUUUGCCGACCCAUCCUCCGCAAUCAUCGAGAUCUCUCCGAGAUACAAGGAGAUCAUUGAACAUGGUGCUCUCGCCAGCAAACUAGACGCCUCCGAAAUCACCAAGAUCAAACGGGCGAUAUACUCUUCUCAGAAGGAGGUAUAUGAGCAGAUGGAGGAAGAAGACUGGAACACAUUCCGGAAAGGCGAGCUGUUCAGAAAAGCUGUCGGCGAUCUCCAGCGAAGUGGGUUCUCCACAAAAUCGAUGUCGGAGGAGAAACACGCAUCCAGACAAGUUUCAAUAGACAACCCGGAGCCCUACACUAUCCCAUCCUCCCAUCAUACGCCGGAACCAAAGCCUCCGCGCAAGCGCCAAACCAUCCCAGAGGCCUCGAAAUCCUUGCUAAACCUACUCCCGCGCACGAGCAAUACCGGUCUUGCCUCUCCCCUCCCUGGAGCUUCCCGUAAACUUGGCUUUCGAGAGCGCAACCUUGUCCCGCCCGCUCCCCUCUUAUCAGCUGCCGCCCCACCUUCUGCCCCUUCACUUCACCUCACCGAUGUUCGUGUGGCUAGCCCACCGCCUUUCCUGCGAAGCUACAGCGACUCGACGCAAAAGCUGAGUGAUCAAAAGUUGGUGGGCACGAAUGUCACCGGGAGGAAGGGAAGUGCUGGGGAUGUAGAGCAUUUGCAGUCACAACUGCAACAUCAGCUUCAACUACCCUACUCUCCCUCUUCCCCCCGAUCACCCUCCCCGCAUCACACACCUAGACUGCUCGAGUCGCCAAGGCUUCUUUCUCCGGCAAUGACUUCGGCUCCUCUGGAUGCCCCUCUACCCACAGCUCGCAGGUCAAGUCAACUUGACUUUCUCAUCAAUUCAGCCGGCGAAGAGCCUGAGAGGAGCAAACUGUUCGGUGAUGAUGACUAUGAUGACCGUGAGAACGAGGAGGACACGAGGAGGAUGGAGGCUAUUCAGACAGCGCUCAGCGAAAUCAUCGCAGAUGAUGCCGGGGACGCCGAAACGCAACAGACGAGAGAUGGAAAGAGAAGCGCGUUCGAGAGCCCCGCAGAGCUGAACGAGAGAGACAUGUGGAGCUCGAUGAUUCUUCCCGAUAAUUCGGCAAAGGAGGACAAGAUCCGGAAGACACGAAGCGCAGAAGAUAUGCGAGAUCGGUCUUCACCUCUCUCGCCCAAAGUCCCGCGCGUUGUCCUGUCAGGCGAAAGACACCAGCCGAGGCGAAGGGAAAGCACGUUACUUUUUGACGACACUCUUCCUGAAGAUGAUGAGGUCUCUAUAUCCCCUUCGAACGACGAUGAGGGGAGUUCGGAUCUCUUUGAUUCGUCUAUCAUUCCUACACCAGGGGAUCUUCAAUUGUCCUCUACGAUUGCUCGCCUGGGAGCAUCUUUGACGGGGCUUGGUGAACAGAGCACUCUUCUGGAGAGUCUUAUCGGACGAGCCGAAUUGACAGGGAACCAGAAAGAGCUCAAAAUCCUGAGGCGCAGUCAUACGAGUGUUCGAAGAGAAAUCAGAGCGAAGGAAUGGCAAAAGAGGGAGUUUACCAGACAGGAGGAAGAGAAUAGACUAGUCCCCGGGAGAACGAGGUUGGACAUUCCUUCGGCUGUCGUCUGUGAUGACGCCGAUGGCGCGGCCAAUUCAGCCGUCGGCCUAGGCGCAAAGCAGGUCGUGAGAUAUACAGUCCGUGUAUCGCAAGUCAGCCACGGCCAGGCCAUACCUGGAUGGGUCGUAACGCGCAGAUAUAACGAAUUCUGGGAGAUGGACAAAUCUCUGAGGGAGUGGGCCAGUGCUCGAGGAGAAAUAGGUGUGAUAGAUACUCUGAAAAGAGUAGAAAUCCCGAAGAAAAGGAUAGUUGGCUUGGGAUCAAUCAGUUCGGGGUUUGUCGAAUCCCGGAGGGCUGCAUUGGAGAAAUACCUGCAAGGUCUCUUGGCUUCCUCAAGUAUCUGCGACUCCUACAUCUUCCGUGCUUUCAUUUCCCUCACGCCGUCUGUCCCCAACGGAUCUUCCUCGCUCUUUAACGGUCCACUCUCAAGCCUUGCUCCACUAGCACCCCACAACGUCCUCAAAUCGUUGUACAAGACCAUCUCCCCGGGAGGCGCUUUCGAUGAUUUCAAUGAUGCCACCGGAGUCACCGACUUCAUGUACUCGGGACUCAGUCGUCAAAUCAAUGAUAUCGGUGGUAUGGUCGGCUUGGGACUGGGGUAUCCCAGCAGUACAAAUAGCGAUGUUGAGAGUGUCGCAGGCGCGCCACUUGGGGAAGGCAUGACGAGCUUCACUGCUCCUAUAUGUGACCUGUUCAUUGAGAUGUUUGAUCUCACGGAGAAGGAGUGGCUGAGGAGGCAGGCGAUCGUGAUCAUCCUGCAACAAUUCCUGGGUGGCACGAUUGAGAGGAAAGUCCGGGAGGCCUUGCGCCUGGUCACAUCACCAUCCUCCCUCGGCAAAAGUUUAUCAGCUUUGCAGGAUGCACUCUUCCCUUCCGGUCUCCGACGCCCACCGGCUACACCACGAACCGAAGAAGAAAAGUCGGAAACACGCAGCAAAGCGGGGAAGAAGCUGGGGUUGGUUAUACCGGAAAUGGUCGCAAACAUGAUGGGGCGAGGCAAUGCCAGAAGGGCAGCCAGAAGAGUCUUUGGGACUUUGCAAGAUGAACGCAUGAACCAGCAUUUGGUUCUUUGUGUCAUGGACGUGGAGUAUGCUCCAACGAUCUGGGGGCUCACUUGGCGUGUCUGUCAAUCACACCCAGCAGCCCUCGUCGCCUAUAAUCGUCGUAUAUCGACAAAGAUGGAACAACGGGCAUUCUAUGAUCCUAUGGUGAACUGGGUCAACGAGGGCGCUGACGGUGACUGGUCGCCCUCGCAUCCCAGUGAUGCCCAGCGGGAGUCGAUCCUGUAUCUGUGUCUAUUCCUGGUUAUGAUCCUCGUCUUCUGGCAAGGCAAGAUUGCUUACUGGUGGGACAAAAAGAGAUUCAGAGUAAUCGCGACCGGAGAAAUCAAGGAGAAGAGAGUUUGGCGGACGAUACCAGUUCCGAUCUUGUGGCCCUUCAAGAUUCUGACCGUGCUAUACCACGAGCUAUCACAUGCCAUGGUGGGGAUGUGCACCAUAUGGUGGAAGCAAUGGAGCCAUGGGGUGCCGCAGGGGUACACAAGAGGCUACAUUCUCUUCAUUAUGGUUGACAAGUAUGAAGGCGGUUUGACCGCUUUCGGGGGCGACAUAGAGCCCAACUAUACUUUGACUUUACCCGCUGUGGCAGCUGCUUAUUCGGUUGCUGGUUUCUAUUUACUGGAUGUUCUUGAGUCAUUCCACGUCGGGAUCUCGUCAAUGUCGCUCAACAGGUCCAAGUUUGGAGCUCUCAGUCUGAUAUGUCUGACUGUGCUAGCGGUCAUUAUCUGCAUGAUUGUGCGGGCCAAGUCUGCUAUCACACACCACUGGCACCAUAUGCGUGCUUGGUGUCUUCGGUGGAUAUUCUGCAACCCAGGUAAAGCAAAGUCGGAAGACGAAAAGCACGAGUAUGCGAGGGAGACGAGGAACCAAGAAGCAGAUUACCGGCACGAGCAGGAUCCAGAAGGUCCGACUGAGCACGACUUGCACGCCUCACAGGAUAUCAUUAUAGCAUGCUCCGUCGUUGUCGACAUACUCCUUUGGGCUGCAUGGAACUGGGAUGAUUCAAUCUAUCUCCGGCUUGUCAUGCUGUUCAUGGGGCUGAUGAGCGCUCUAUACGCAGUGUGGGAUAUCGCUCUCGACGGCAUCAAGUACGCCAAGGUUGCACAAUCAGACGCCACUCUGAUGGCACAGGCUUACAACAAGAAGAUUGAAAAGCAUAACAACAAGCAUCCGAAUCAUCCCCGAGCCAUGCGAGGGACAACUUUCUAUGCCUCUCUUUGGUUGAUGGCAAAGCUGGUCCUAAUUGUUGCUGUUUUGGUCGGAGCAUACUUCUGUUUCCGACUCACCAAAGUCGAACAGGCCAUCGAAUCCAGAGAGUUCCUGCCUGCCCAGUUUCAUUAUGGCCCUGCGAAUUUGGAAAGUGACAUCUCGGGGGUUUCAGAUGCUGUCUCGGGAGAAGUGUCAAGCUGGGUCGCUUCUUGA